UGCCUGGAGCCCCGCGAGCACGCGUGGAUACUGGCGGCCGCCGAGGGCCGCCUGGAGGUGCUGUGGGAGCAGCUGGAAGCCGAGCCCGCCCUGUUGCUGCGCUGCGACCCGAUCACGGGCUACACGGUGCUCCACUGGUUGGCCAAGCACGGGUGCCACGAGGAGCUCAUCCUGGUGCACGACUUCGCCCAGCGCCGGGGGCUGCCGCUCGACGUGAGCGCCUCGGGCAGCGGCGGCCUCACGCCCCUCCACCUGGCCGCCCUGCAGGGCCACGACAUGGUCAUCAAGGUGCUGGUGGGCGCCUUGGGGGCUGACCCCUCGCGCCGCGACUACAGCGGCCACAGGGCCUGUCACUACCUGCGGCCCGACGCGCCCCAGAGCCUGCGGGAGCUGUCGGGGGCCGAGGACUGGGAGACGGCGGGCGGCGGCGAGCGGAUCAACGCCAACAAUAACAGCAGCAGCGCCGCCGCCCGGGCGCUGCGACGGACCCCGAGCUCGGUGGGCACGAGCUCCGUGGAGGCCCCGGCGAGAGCGGCGGCGGCGCCCGGCAAGGAGAAGAACUACGCGGGCAGCCGGGUGGCGCAAAUUCAGGGCCUGCUCCGCCAGAUGUUCCCCUUCUUCCAGGACCGUUGAGGGCGACAGGGACUGGAGAGCGCGGACGGACCGCGACGCUGCGGUCGAGGCCUCGGUCUCGGGUGGUCUCGGGCCCCACCCGAAGGGGCGGCAGCUCCGGCCGCAGCCGAGUGCGCUGGGCCUGCAAGCAGCGGACCACCUCCAGGUUUGUCGCAGGUACCUGUCCCAGGUCACCUACGGCCACCGGCCAGGAGACCUGGGGACCGGGAAUCCGUCACCGAGAGAGAGCGCAAAGACCAAAGCUGUCCUGGCGCAAAACUAGUCCCCAAAACUAGGGGACUAAGGAGUUAGGGGCAGGAGUGUGGUCCUGCUUGGGAGAGGGAAAGUAAGGCUUCCAGGAGCCAUUUCUGGGCAGGCAGAAGCUCCGCGUGUAUUGGGAAGCACUUGCUAGAAGAAUGAGUUAAGACUGGAACCCACUGAUACAGAGGAAGCUCCUAACUGAAGGCUAGACUCGGCUGUUCCUGCGGGCACUCACCCUCCCCCCGCCAACCUGCUCCUGAGACAUCCAGGCUUUACCGGUACUUUUUCUAAUGUAUCACCGAUGACUUCUUAAGCAUAUUAAAGCCGGGUAUGUUUUCCUUUCACAUGACAAAGCUGUCCUUUGAGUGACUUUUUUUUUUUCAUUAACCACUGAGUGCGGGAAGCUUCCUACAUUCGCGGGGAAGAGUUCACCAACCCAUGGCCAUGAGCUAGUGAUCCGGGAGGCUCUGGACCUUGUUCCCACAGCAAAUGGCCAAGCGGGGCGCUGGAAGGAGCUACACUCACCUUGGCUCUGAGUGGAGACACACAGUUUGCCUGUCUCCCGGACUCUUUUGGCAGCCAGGUCCCGCUUCUGGCACAAGUCUCAUCCUAGAAGAGUUGUCUGUAGGGGGCAGAGGGGUGGUAAAAGGGGAAAAUCUCCAAAUGUACAUUUCUGAUGUUU